CUGGUGGACCUCCAGGCAGUGACCCUUUUACAACACCAGUGACGCCUGUUUAUACCACUGGUCUACCUUCAGACCUGCACAGUGUCUAUCCUGCACCCCCGCAUGGACAACCAUUACCACCAGGUUACGUACCCCCUCAGGGACCUGCAGUGGUGCCGCCACCCCCUUCAGGUUACGUACCACCUCAGGCGCCUGUGAUGAUGCCUGUCCCGGAGAGACCACCCGGCUGCCCUCCGGGUCUGGAGUACUUAACACAGAUUGACCAGCUCCUUGUCCAUCAGAAAAUGGAGCUAAUAGAAGCUAUUUUCGGUUGGGAGACCAACAACCAAUACAUAGUCAAAAAUAGCGUAGGACAGCAAGUGUUCCUUGCUGCUGAGGAGACCGACUUUUGCACAAGGAUGGUCUGCGGGUCCAUGCGCUCUUUCGUCCUCCAUCUCCAGGACAACACGGGACGGGUAGUGGUCACUCUCACACGCCCACUGAAAUGCAGCAGCUGCUGCUUUCCAUGCUGCCUGCAAGAGCUUGAGGUCCAGGCUCCUCCGGGCAGCCCUGUUGGAUACGUGAUGCAGAACUGGCACCCUUACCUGCCCAAGUUCACCAUUAAGAAUGAAAGAAGAGAAGCAGUGCUGAAGAUUGUGGGACCUUUCUGUGACUGUAACUGCUGUUCUGAUGUGAAUUUUGAGGUGAUGUCCCUGGAUGAAGCCUCAGUAGUUGGCAGGAUAAGCAAACAGUGGACGGGCAUGGAGGCAGAGAUGUUAACAGACGCAGAUAACUUCGGCGUGCGGUUUCCCAUGGACCUGGACGUCAAAAUCAAGGCCGUUAUAUUAGGCGCCUGUUUCCUCAUUGACUUUAUGUACUUUGAGAGUUCACCAAAGCAAGAUUCACAUCAUUAUUAAACGUUUUUCCAUUUUAUAAUA